ACGGAGCAGCGCGGGAGACCCUGGGGGUGAAAAUUCCCCGUCCCGAUCUAUCGCCCACCGACGGGCGCCGAGACGAAACAACCUGCGCUCGGUCUGCGUUGCUCAUCUGUCCUGCUCGCUGUCCUUUGCAAUCGGCAACAAGCGCUAUAUCUACGAUCGGGAAUGUCCCAGCCCCAGCACGGACCGGCGCCGGGUAUCCUCGACUCGGAGCUUUCUCUGUCAUCGCCGUUUGGAUCACAGGGGCUCUAUGCUCCACCGCCGCCGCAAAACAUCACUCGAGUGGUCGUCAUUGCCCUGGACAAGUCAGAUCACAGCGAAAAGGCAUUCUCGUGGAGCCUGGACAAUUUCCUGCGGCCCGAGAGCGAUCUGGUGGUGCUUGUGAAUGUUCGCCCGAUCGUGACGCUCCCGGGGCCAUUUGGAAGCGCAUAUAUGGACUUCCAGGACUACAUUCUUCGCACCGAGGAAAAGAAUCGAGAGGAGUCUCACAGGUUGCUGCGAAGAGCAUCUAGGCCGCUCAAGCAACGACAGAUCGCAGUCAAGGGAAUCGCCAUGCGCGGCGAUCCGCGCCAAGAGAUCACUCGCAAGGUCCACGAACUGAGCGCAGAUGCUCUGAUCGUAGGCUCGCGUGGGAUGAGUGCCCUCAAGCGGGCACUCAUGGGCUCGGUAUCAGACUAUCUCGCCCACAACUGCAGAUGCGCCGUGAUCAUUGUCCGCAACGACUGUGAGGUCGAGAUCGGGGCUCGUAUCAGUAGUCUGGCGACACUCGGCGUUGUGCUCUCCAAGGAUGCUCUCGAGCACCCGUCCUCCGACCAGCUUCUCCCGUCGCUACCUCCAGCACAGCCAUACGAGUCUGCGCCCGAGCCCAGGCAACCCCGCGACGACGAUCUAGUCAAGCCAAUACCCAUUCAAGCGCCGCACCUGGGCGAGCACUGCAGCAACGCGACAAUUGAGAUGGACUGAACUGUUGGCGAGCGGCGGCGGCGGCUGCGAAGCCAAGCGGUGUGCGAGUCGAAGAGCUGGAACAAAGGAGGGCUAAAUAUCCAGUGCCUGGCGUCUCCUGUCGCCUGAAUAUAUUGGUGUCGAUCAAUCAACA